CCCGAGCGCCUCCAUUGCAGCACCCCAAAAGGAGGGAAGCCUUCCCCCAGUGCCUGCUCCCCCAGAGCUGCCCCACAGCCCCCCAGCACGGCUCCUGCUCCCCGGGGGGACUCCAUGGAGGACGAGCCUGGCAUCGUGUCCCCGUUCAAGCGCGUGUUCCUGAAGGGGGAGAAGGGCCGCGACAAGAAGGCCCAGGAGAAGGUGACGGAGCGGCGCCCGCUGCACACCGUGCUGGUGGCACCGCCCGACCGCGUGGAGCCCGACCUGCUGCUCCACGACUACAUCGAGAAGGAGGUCAAGUAUUUAGGGCAGCUCACGUCCAUCCCGGGGUACCUGAACCCCUCGAGCCGCACGGAGAUCCUGCACUUGAUCGACAAUGCCAAGAGAGCCCACCAGCUCCCAGGGCAGCUGACCCCAGAGCAUGAUGCUGUCAUCAGCCUCUCUGCCUACAACAUCAAGCUGGUGUGGAGGGACGGGGAGGACCUGAUCCUCAGGGUGCCCAUCCACGACAUCGCCUCCGUCUCCUACAUCCGGGACGACUCCGCACACCUGGUGGUGCUCAAGACAGCUCAGGAUCCCGGGAUCUCGCCCAGCCAGAGCCUGUGUGCCGAGGGCUCCAAGGCGCUGACGUCGGGCUCGCUGUCGGAGAGCGCAGGGGGGCCCCUGGAGUGCUGCUGCCUGGUGGUGCUGGCCACAGAGAACAAGGUGGGUGCUGAGGAGCUGUGCUCCCUGCUCAGCCAAGUCUUCCAGAUCGUUUACACCGAGUCCACCAUCGACUUCCUGGACCGCGCCAUCUUCGACGGGGCCUCGACGCCGACCCGGCACCUGUCCCUGCACAGCGAUGACUCUUCCACCAAGGUGGACGUGAAGGAGCCCUUCGAGGCAGAUGCCAGCACUUUUUCCUUUGCAGACACGCUGGAAGCAGGGGACACGUCCCCGUCCUCCUUCUCCGCCCGCCCGUCCCCGCACGUCACCACGGCCAGCGAGAGCGAGCUCAGCACCACGGCCACCGAGCUGCUCCAGGACUACAUGAUGACGCUGCGCACCAAGCUGUCCUCGCAGGAGAUCCAGCAGUUCGCCAUGCUGCUGCACGAGUACCGCAACGGCGCCUCCAUCCACGAGUUCUGCAUCAACCUCAAGCAGCUCUACGGGGACAGCAGGAAAUUCCUGCUCCUGGGCCUGCGGCCCUUCAUCCCCGAGAAGGACAGCCAGCACUUCGAGAACUUCCUGGAGACCAUCGGCGUCAAGGACGGCCGCGGCAUCAUCACCGACAGCUUCGGCCGCUACCGCCGCUCGCUGGGCCCCGCCUCCGCCUCCAACGGCACCGCCGCCGGCAGCUCGGACGAGCAGUCCGUGCCCUCCGAGGAGGACGAGUGGGACAGGAUGAUCUCCCACAUCAGCAGCGACAUCGAGGCCCUGGGCUGCAGCCUGGACCGGGACUCGAACUGAGGCAGCCCCGGAGCUGGGGCACGGUCACCCCCGGGACAGAGACAGCCCCGAGGGGGGACAGGAGCUGCUCUCGGGGGGACCCGGCACACAGAGACACCCCCGGGGGGCACCUGGGACAGAGACACCCCCUGGCACACAGAGACACCCCUGGGGCUGCCCCCUGUGGGGACAUGCAAUGUGGAGCUGAUCCCAAGGUGAUCCUGGGACGUGGAGCUGCCCUUGGAGGGGACAUGGAAUAUGGAUCUUGCCCCAGGGGGACUCGAGCUGCCCCUGGAGGGACCCAAAAACACCCACCUGUGCCCUGAAGGAGAUGCUGGAAGAUGGAGCAGCCCUUGGAAGGAGCCCAGACCCCUCCUGUGGGGGUCCCACGGGGUGUCUGUAGCGCCCCAGCCCCUUUAACAGCCCCAGGGGCUGCAGCUGACACAGAGCUGGGUUUGGGUUUUGGGGGCAGGUCUCCUCCCAGAGGGACAGAUCUGCUCCUGAGGGAUGUGCUGAGGGUUGGGUCUGUUCCCAGGGGGCUGGAUCUGCUCCCCCCUCCCCAGUUUACAGUUUGCACAGCGGCUCCCCCAGAACUGCCCCCCCAAAUGAAGUUUUACCACAAUGUGAA